ACAACAACGAAACAUAAGAGAGCACAGGCUUUAGCUAGGUAGUUAGAAAGAGCGCAAGGCAGUACCGUAGAGCGUGACCAUACCUCUCCAGCCAUGGAAGAAGCAUUGAUCUUCUGGGUGCUCAUCAUCUUCAUCCUGGUGAAAGAGGGAUCAGGCACCUUAUCUGAGCUUGCUGUAUCAAAGCCGGGCUGUCCCGACAAGUGUGGCAACGUGACCAUCCCUUACCCCUUCGGCAUCGGUGAUCACUGUGCCGCGAGCAGCCGGAACCCCUACUUCAUUGUGACCUGCAACAAUACCUUCCAGCCAUCCCGACCUAUGGUUGGUGACAUUACAACAUCUGUAGAGGUCCUCGACAUCUCCCUGGAGCAUGGCAUGAUGCGUGUUUACAACGAUGUCAGCUACACCUGCUUCACAUCAGACACCAUCACAUCAGAUAUCCACCCCAGUGGAUUCAACCUGAACAGUACGCCAUUCAUCCCCUCUACCACCCGGAACCACUUCACGGUCAUCGGCUGCAACACCCUAGGGCUCAUUGGUGGCUACAUGCACAACAACUCUGACUCUGACCAGUAUGUGGCUGGCUGCUACUCUUACUGCCAAGGACUCAACAGCACAUCUGAAAACGCACCAUGCGCUGGGUUGGGAUGCUGUGAGACCGCAAUAUCCCCCAAUCUCACUGAUUUUGCAGCGGUACUGCCCAACCAGAGCAGUGUGUGGAAAUUCAACCCGUGCUUCUAUGCGAUGCUUGUCGAGGUUGGGUGGUACAACUUCAGCACAGAGGACCUUGCGGGGCACCUUACAUUCAUAAAGAAAAGAGCCGGAAGAGGUGUUCCUGUGGUUGCAGACUGGGCCAUAAGGGACGGCUCAUGUCCAAAAGAUGGGGCAGAAGCACAUACAGAUUAUGCCUGUGUCAGUUCAAACAGCUAUUGUGUGAAUGCAAGCAAUGGGCCAGGCUACCUGUGCAACUGCAACCAAGGUUAUGAGGGCAAUCCUUAUCUUCACGAAGGCUGCCAAGAUAUAGACGAGUGCAAGCUGCAUAAGUUGGAUGCAAAGUAUAAGGAAUCAUAUCCAUGUAAAAAUGGAGUAUGUCGCAAUAAACCAGGAGGAUAUACAUGCAUAUGCAGGAUGGGAAAAAUAUCAGAUGGCACAAAUUCUGGAUGCCGACCUGUGCUUGGCCAAACUGAACAAGUGGUAAUAGGUCUCAGCAUUUGUGCAGUUGUAGUGGUGUCUUUGACAUGCAUAUUUGUUAUAAAAUUACAAAGAAGGAAGCACAUGAAGGAGAAGGAUGAUUAUUUUAAACAAAAUGGAGGUCUGAGAUUAUAUGAUGAGAUGAGAUCAAGGCAAGUUGACACUGUUAUCAUACUUUCAGAAAAAGAGAUAAAGAAAGCCACAGACAACUUUAGUGAAGAUAAUGUCCUUGGAUGUGGUGGCCAUGGAAUGGUCUACAGAGGAACUUUAGAUGAUAACAAAGAAGUUGCCAUUAAAAAGUCCAAAGUAAUAGACACUAACCGCAGAGAAGAAUUUGUAAAUGAGAUAAUAAUCUUGUCACAAAUUAACCAUAGGAACAUUGUGAGGCUACUGGGAUGCUGCUUGGAGGUAGAUGUGCCGAUGUUGGUGUAUGAGUUCAUUUCCAAUGGUACCCUCUUUGAGUUCCUUCAUGGCAAUGAGAGCAGAUCACAGGCCCCCUUGGAUAUCAGACUGAAGAUUGCUACACAGUCAGCAGAAGCUCUUGCCUACAUUCAUUCAUCAACUUCUCGUGCAAUCCUACACGGGGAUGUCAAAUCCCUCAAUAUACUCUUGGAUGAUGAAUACAAUGCAAAAGUGUCAGAUUUUGGAGCAUCAGCACUUAAGUCCAUGGAUAAAAAUGAUUUCAUUAUGCUUAUCCAGGGAACUCUUGGCUAUCUUGACCCUGAAUCUUUGGUCAGUCACCAUCUAACUGACAAAAGUGAUGUAUACAGCUUUGGGGUUGUUCUUUUAGAGCUGAUGACAAGAAAGAAGGCUUUAUACACUGAUACCUCGAAUGAAAAGAAAGCACUAUCGCAUACUUUCAUAAAUAUGUUUCACCAGAAUAAGCUCCAGGAUUUGCUUGACACUGAAAUAGUAGAUGAUAAAGUUAUGGUGGUGCUUGAGAAACUAGCUGAACUUGUCAUGCACUGCCUGAGCCCAAAAGGAGAUGAGAGGCCAACGAUGAAGGAAGUUGCAGAGCGACUACAGAUAUUGAGAAGACUCCAGACGCAACUAGUCACAAAAACUCAUUCUAUUCGACCACAUUAUUUUUAUGGAGGUCCAUCAGUUCCGGUCCCUUCAGAUGAGAUGGGAUAUCAGGGCAUGGAGGCAGCCAAACUAGUGUUGGAUGUAGAUCUCGCAAGAUAAAUAUCUGUUAUGCCACUCUUUUUAUAUUUGUAAUGUAUAAACAUCAUUAUAGUACUAACUAAUCUAUUGUGUGCCAAUCCACCGUUUAUGUA